CCGGAGCCAAAGAUCCAAAUGGAGCUCAUAGUGGAGCGGUUUGUUCGAGGCACCGAUGAAGGGUGCUUGAACUUGGAUCUCGCACAACCCAAACAGAAGUCCACAUUGGAGCUUGCCAUGUAGAAUUUCAAAAGAGCAUGCUGCAACACGAAUUUCCAACCCCUCCCCCUUCCGGUUUGACAUUAGAAGAGAAGGUGGCACGUGCUUGUGCAAGCUAUCGCCACUCAUCAUUGGAGAAGAACGAGGAGGUUGAACGGGCGAUCAUUGACAACCGUGUGGAGCAAGAGGAACUCACCCCGGAGAGCUCUCGUGGUGAGGAUGGCCAAGAAGGUUGCAUUGACGACUCUCGUCACUUUUCCAUUUCCAAUGGAAACUUUGAAGACCAAGUCACGAGUGUGGAUGAGCAAGAGAAUCCAUUCUACGAUCUUGCAUGACAUCUUUCCCUCUAAACCGUGCUUGAAGACGUGAAUGGAAAUGAGAAAAAAGAGGUUGAAGAGGGGGAAGUCAACAUUGAAGAGGAGGAAGAUCUUGAUUGUUCCCAAGAGGAAUACAUUGAGGAAGAAGGAAGGGAGGUUGAGAUUGAAGUAUAAGGUGCAAGUGAGGUGAAUGAAGCAUCCACAAGUUAUAAGUGCUAUCAAAUCUUUCUACCCGACCUCGAUGCGUUACUUGAGCAUGAUCCAUUUGCGGCUCUUUGCCAAGCCAAGCCCAAACCAUCGGCGAUCCCUCUUUGUGGAUGCGAUGGAAAUCAAGCAAUGAUGCAUUAUAUGGUAUGGGGAAAGGAGGAGUAGGAAGAACCGAAGAAGGAAAGAAGGAGAGGUCUCGCGGGUGGAGCCUCAUGAUAACUCAAGUUCACGAGCCCUCAAUUAUGGUUUCGUCCAAAGCUCGUGACUUGAGACACCACCUCACCGACGAGAACCUCAACUUCAAGGAGGUUCUUGGAUGGACCGAAACUUGAAGAGCAAUCGUCCCGUCCAUGACGUUAAAGAAGCGCUUGAUGGGAGGAAACCCAUUCCAACGACUUGCAUAUCUUUUCCUUUUAAUAAUAAGACCAUUGGAGA